AGGCCAACAGUCUGACCGGCCAAACACUGUUUAUACUUUUCUUUAACUAAGCCUCGGUUUCUAUUUUCGUGAAAAUAAUUCGCACACAUACACACCACAGAAACGCCUGGCUGUUAAAUUGAGUUUCAGUGUUCUUCGGUGCGUACGUUCAACUUUGACUCGUCACAUUGUGAGUGUGGGCAAUAAAUCGGAGCAAUUCUCGAGGAUUAAUUUAAUAAUUAAUUGCAAUAAGUGCAUCCGCACGGAAGGUAUGACAGUUGAGAACUCUGCUUAGUGGUGAAGUACCAUAAUUACAAAAUGUUGGGCAGCGAAGAAGAACUCGAGCCGCAAACACACUCGGGAAUGACGAAAGCGGAACUGAGGAGGAGCAACAAACCGAUUAUGGAAAAACGACGACGCGCUCGAAUUAAUCAGUAUCUCGACGAGCUGAAGAAUUACAUACUCCUUAGUGAAAAAGACCCAACUAGGCACUCGAAACUCGAGAAGGCCGAUAUCCUCGAAAUGACGGUGAAGCAUAUACAAACGAUGCAGCGACAGCAGUUGAACGCGGCCGUCUCCAACGAUCCAGUGGUGCUAACGAAAUUCCGUUCUGGAUUUUCUGAAUGUGCUACCGAAGUAUCGCGAUACGUCAGCCGCCUCGAGAACGUCGAUCCCACCAUCAAGCAACGAUUGGUAUCACACUUGAACAGCUGCGUGAGCCAUCUCCAGCAAAUGGCGCCAUUCUACAGCCAGUACAUGCCCUACAUGCCGGAGCGCCUCUACCCGGAGGUAAAGGUUGGCUUCCAGAGCGAUUUCCAGAAUGGGGAUGAGAAUAACAACGGCAGCGCGAGAAUACAGAUACCGAACGGAGAACGGAUCCAAUUGAUCCCGAGCCGACUGCCGACGGGCGAGCUGGCAUUCUUGGUGCCGCAAUCCGCCGGCAUCUCCGCGAAUUUUCCCUUCUUUCCACCGGCCACGGAUUCAUCCGCGAGAAUCGGUCAGUCGUCGGCUUUUACCGCGGUUCACCGACCGCACACCCCGCUGCUGAGCCCUUCGACUUCCACGUCGAGUUACGGCGACGAGAGUCAUCAUUCGGAACAUCCGCAGGCGACGACGCCUAACCAUCAUCAGCCGCAACAUCGAUUCAAAUUACCCGAGCAGAGCCCUGCGUCCUCAAAGAGCUUCUCGUCCUCGCCAGAGACCCAGAAACCGCAAAUUAGCUCGACUAGCGACCGAAAGUCACCCACAGCGGCAUUCUUGGAAUCUAAGGCCGUGGACGACAAUGUCCCGGCCAAAAAAGACGCCGUGGAAAGUUUGGACAAUGCCAAUAAUACGAACGGCACGGCGAUGCACGGUUUGCGACAACCGCUCUCCGUGAUUACGGACAAAACUUACAAUCGCGCUCCGAGUGGGUUGCUACUCAAGAGAGACGGUCUCAGGAAACGUCAUUCCGACGGGCUUUUGGCGAUCUCGGAUAAGAGACCGAGAUAUCAAGAACCCACUAGUUCGACCUCCUCGAUGAAUAAUACCGACGUGCUUAAGAGCACAAAUGAGCAAUCUCCCGCAAUUCCUGUCCAAGAUUUGCCAGGAAGUCAGAAUUGCCAGACGCCGCGAAACUGCAAUUCAAAUUCCGAUAAAUUCCCACCGAGCCCGGCAGGUUCUUUAAACGGCGAUAUGUGGAGACCUUGGUGAUCGUUAUUAGCUAAGAGUAAAAAAAAAUCAAAAUUCAACAAGUACUUUAAAUAUUCAAUAUGAAGGAGCAAAUUACGUGCUUUUGGAUUCUUAAUUGAAAGCUUACGCUUUCAAGUCGAUCGAUUGGCGACAGUGUGCCAUGAAAAUAUCAUUUUACAUAUUUUAUCAUUUGAUAACGGUUUGCAUAAAUCAUGAAUAAUCGGGGAAGCAGAAUUUUUGCGCGAUGUAUUUCUUGCUAGGCGCCG